UUCCACGAGUGAAGGUUGUACAUACGUUGAAGAAGUUCUUUGGUCAGAUAUAUGUUCCGGAUAUUAAUUGGAUCCUUAUGAUUCUUUGCAUUGCCGUUACGGCUGGAUUCAAGAACCAAAUCCAAAUUGGAAAUGCUUAUGAAAAUUUUAUUUUGUUUGCUGAGAGGCCGAGUUUUCACCAUCAUCAGGGGCUUUCUGUUGCGAACUAAUGGUAUCAUUUCGAGCAAUACAUGUACCUAAGAAUUAUACACUUAAUUGUAUCGUAAUCUAUGUAAACGCGGGGACGGCUGUGGUGAUCGUCAUGUUGGUAACGACGCUGCUUAUGACUUUAAUCAUGCUUUUGGUUUGGCGAUGUCAUUGGAUUCUCGUCCUCCUCUUCACCGGCUUGUCCUUGGUUGUCGAAUGCACAUACUUUUCUGCUGUACUCUUCAAGGUUGAUCAAGGUGGGUGGGUUCCUCUUGUUAUUGCAGCAGCCUUUUUGCUCAUCAUGUAUGUUUGGCAUUAUGGUACACUGAGGCGAUACGAGUUUGAGAUGCAUAGUAAGGUUUCGAUGGCAUGGAUUCUUGGGCUUGGCCCUAGUUUAGGCUUAGUUCGAGUUCCCGGAAUUGGGUUAGUCUACACCGAGCUAGCAAGUGGUGUUCCUCACAUAUUUUCCCACUUCAUCACUAACCUACCCGCCAUCCAUUCAGUGGUUGUUUUCGUCUGUGUGAAAUACCUUCCUGUCUACACUGUUCCGGAAGAAGAAAGGUUUCUUGUGAAACGCAUCGGGCCUAAGAAUUUCCAUAUGUUUCGUUGUGUUGCUAGGUAUGGCUACAAAGACUUUCAUAAGAAAGAUGAUGAUUUCGAGAAAAAGCUAUUCGAUUUCCUCUUCUUAUUCGUGCGGCUCGAGUCGAUGAUGGAAGGGUGUUCAGAUUCGGACGAAUAUAGCUUUUAUGGCCAGCAAACCGAGCAGUCCAGGGACGGUCUGUUGAACAACAACGGCCACACAACUUGCUCGUUCGUCGAUACCACAGUUUCAACGGUGGAUUCAAUUGUGCAGGUGAGAUCUCCGAUGCAUACAGGUGUGACGGUAAGAUCGUCGGGGCAAGUAAGCAGCCAGACUGAGACGGAUGAGUUAGAAUUUUUGAAUAGCUGUAGGGAUGCUGGGGUGGUACACAUCAUGGGAAACACUGUGGUGAGGGCAAGAAGAGAUUCAAGAUUUUACAAGAAAAUAGCAAUCGACUAUAUUUAUGCAUUUCUUAGGAAGAUAUGUAGGAAACAUAGUGUGAUUUUUAAUGUUCCUCAUGAGAGUCUAUUGAACGUAGGACAGGUUUUUUAUGUUCAAGUUCAAGCUAAUUUCAUCAAUAAAAUAUUGAAAAUGGAAUUCAAAUUUGAGAAGCUGAAGAAUGAGCUAGAAGAGAGGUUGCAAAAGAUGCAAGCAUAG